CGUCGAGACAAGAUGCUGCCCGGGCUCAGGAGCCUGCUGCAAGGUCCCGCCCCGGCCUGCCUCCUGCUGAUGCUCCUGGCCCUGCCCCCAGCCGCCCCCAGCUGCCCCAUGCUCUGUACCUGCUACUCGUCCCCGCCCACCGUGAGCUGCCAGGCCAACAACUUCUCGUCGGUGCCGCUGUCCCUGCCGCCCAGCACGCAGCGCCUCUUCCUGCAGAACAACCUCAUCCGCACGCUGCGGCCCGGCACCUUCGGGCCUAACCUGCUCACUCUGUGGCUCUUCUCCAACAACCUCUCCGCCAUCUAUCCGGGCACCUUCCGCCACCUGCAGGCGCUCGAGGAGCUGGACCUCGGCGACAACCGGCACCUGCGCUCUCUGGAGCCCGACACCUUCCAGGGCCUGGAGCGGCUGCAGUCGCUGCAUCUGUACCGCUGUCAGCUCAGCAGCCUGCCGGGCAACAUCUUCCGCGGCCUGGCCAGCCUGCAGUACCUCUACCUCCAGGAAAACAGCCUGCUCCACCUACAGGAUGACCUGUUCGCGGACCUGGCCAACCUGAGCCACCUCUUCCUCCACGGGAACCGCCUGCGGCUGCUCACGGAGCACGUGUUCCGCGGCCUGGGCAGUCUGGACCGGCUGCUGCUGCACGGGAACCGGCUGCAGGGCGUGCACCGCGCGGCCUUCCGCGGCCUCAGCCGCCUCACCAUCCUCUACCUGUUCAACAACAGCCUGGCCUCGCUGCCGGGCGAGGCGCUCGCCGACCUGCCGGCGCUGGAGUUCCUGCGGCUCAACGCCAACCCCUGGGCGUGCGACUGCCGCGCGCGGCCGCUCUGGGCCUGGUUCCAGCGCGCGCGCGUGUCCAGCUCCGACGUGACCUGCGCCACCCCCCCGGAGCGCCAGGGCCGCGACCUGCGCGCCCUCCGCGAGGCCGACUUCCAGGCCUGCCCGCCCGCCGUGCCCACGCGGCCCGGCAGCCGCGCCCGCGGCAACAGCUCGUCCAACCACCUGUACGGGGUGGCCGAGGCCGGGGCGCCCCCCGCCGACCCCUCCACCCUCUACCGAGACCUGCCAGCCGAAGACCCGCGGGGGCGCCAGGGCGGGGACGCACCCACCGAGGACGACUACUGGGAGGGCUACGGGGGCGAGGACCAGCGGGGCGAGCAGACGUGCCCCGGCGCUGCCUGCCAGGCGACCCCGGACUCCCGCGGCCCCGCGCUCUCGGCCGGGCUCCGCACCCCUCUGCUCUGUCUCUUGCUCCUGGUCCCCCACCACCUCUGACUGCGGUGCUGAGACUGAAGAGGCCGGUGUGUCUCGCUCCCCUUCAUCCCUCAUCCCUCAUCCCCCAUCCCCAGCUGCGGCUCUGGCCCAGUCCCCACCCUCUGGCCGUGCGGCCUUGCUGCCUUCCUUCCCCUCCCAGCUCCUCUCUUCCUCUGGGACCAGGCCACCUCUCCCUGCCUCCCAGGCUGCUGGCUUAUGGCAGCCCCAGGAGGACACAUCUGCUGGCUCAGCCCUGUUCUCCCCAACUCUGGCCAUUAACCCGUUCCCAUCCCAAGGCUGGGGUGGGCACCCCAGGCAGCCGCUGACCCCUUCUCCCAGUGCCCACAGUGGACUCGGGACGGGCUUUGUCUGCAGAGCGUCUUCCACCAGCAGAGCCUUUGGAAGCUCCCGGGAAGGGAGCCCUGCCCAGGAGCCCUUUGGAGGGAUGCUUCAGUCGGGGCCAGGCCAACCCUAGGCCCCUGCUUAUCCUAGCACCCCUCAACCUCCCGACACUGGAGAAAUACUUUUCUCCUAUGUCUACCUUGGACACUUUUUAGGGUGCCUGGAGAGAACUUUCCUCUCCACCGUGGCCCCUGUGUG